CCCGGUGCCCGGCCGGGAGCCCGGACCCGCCGCCCGCAUGGCCCGAGGGGCCGGGGCCGCCCUUCCGGUUCCGGCUCUGCGGCCCACUUCCGCUUCCGGCCCCUCCGCCAUGGCGCCGCCGCGCGCCCGCCGGCCCCGCAGUGCUCCGGUACCUGCGCCCUCACUGCCCGCCUUCCCCACUGCUGAGGAGGACGAUGGCGCCGAUGCUGAGCUGGACACGCGGGCCAUGGUGCAGGCCCAGAACCAGAAGAAGAAGAAAUCGGGUGGCUUCCAGUCCAUGGGUCUCAGCUACGCUGUCUUCAAGGGCAUCAUGAAGAAGGGCUACAAGGUGCCCACCCCCAUACAGAGGAAGACUAUCCCUGCCAUCCUGCGCGGCCGGGAUGUGGUGGCAAUGGCACGGACGGGCAGCGGGAAGACAGCCUGCUUCCUCAUCCCAAUGUUUGAACGGCUGAAAGCACCCAACCAGGCUGGAGCACGCGCUCUCAUCCUCUCACCCACCCGGGAGCUGGCCUUGCAGACCCUGAAGUUCACCAAGGAGCUGGGCAAGUUCACAGGCCUGAAGACAGCCCUGAUCCUGGGAGGAGACAAGAUGGAGGACCAGUUCGCCGCCCUGCAUGAGAACCCCGACAUAAUCAUCGCCACCCCCGGGCGCCUGGUGCACGUGGCGGUGGAGAUGAAGCUGAAGCUGCACACCGUGGAGUACGUGGUGUUCGAUGAGGCCGACAGGCUUUUUGAGAUGGGCUUCGCCGAGCAGCUCCAGGAGAUCAUUGCCCGUCUCCCGGACUGCCACCAGACCGUCCUUUUCUCCGCCACACUGCCCAAGCUGCUCGUCGAGUUUGCCCGGGCUGGUCUCACUGAACCUAUGCUAAUCCGUCUGGAUGUGGAGUCCAAGCUCAGUGAGCAGCUCAAGCUGGCGUUCUUCCAUGUGCGCGGGGACGACAAACCGGCCGUGCUUCUCCACCUGCUCCGGAGUGUGGUGAAGCCCCAGGACCAGACGGUCGUCUUUGUGGCCACAAAGCACCACACAGAGUAUCUCAAGGAGCUGCUGACAGCCCAGGGCAUCCACUGCACACACAUCUACAGCUCGCUGGACCAGACCGCCCGCAAGAUCAACAUUGCCAAGUUCUCUCAAAGGAAGUGCCCGGUGCUGCUGGUCACUGAUGUGGCCGCCCGCGGCCUUGACAUCCCCAUGCUGGACAACGUCAUCAACUACAGCUUCCCUGCCAAGGGCAAGCUGUUCCUGCAUCGUGUUGGUCGCGUGGCCCGCGCUGGCCGCAGCGGCACUGCCUACUCGCUGGUGGCUCCUGAUGAGAUGCCCUACGUCUUUGACCUCCACCUCUUCCUGGGGCGCCCGCUCGUCCUCGCCGGUGCCCAGGAGAUGCCUGCUGAUGCUGGCGGGGUGCUGGGCCGUGUCCCCCAGAGCCUGGUGGAUGACGAAGAGUGCCUGCUCCUGACGGACCACGAGGGCUCGCUGGAGCUGCGGAGCCUGCGCCGCGUCGCCGACAACGCCCACAAGCAGUACCUGCGAUCCCGGCCGGGCCCCUCGGCCGAGUCCAUCAAGAGGGUGAAGGACCUGGACGUGUCCCAGCUGGGCAUCCACCCGCUCUUCAGUGCUCACUUUGAAGACACUGAGUUGGAAAGACUCAAGUUUGUGGACAGCAUUAAAACCUACAAGUCCAAGGCGACAAUCUUCGAGAUCAACGCCACAUCCCGGACACUGGCCAGCAGCGUGAUGCGGUCAAAGCGGCGUCACGACCGUGCCCUCAUCGAGAAGUACCAGCGUGGGCAGCAGGAGAAGCGAGCAGCGGUGCUCAACGGGCAAGGGCUGUGCCCAGCACCCCCUGGGCCCAAGGAGGGAGAAGGAGAAGGAGAAGGAGAGGAGGAAAAUCUCCAGGAUGUGUUCUCCAAUGUGGUGGGCCAGAAGCGAAAACGGGGCAAAGGAGGAGAAGAUGGUGCCAGGAAAAAGCCACAGCAGCCAACGCAGCGGGAUGAGGACUUCUACAUCCCAUACCGGCCCAAGGACUUUGAGAGCGAGAGGGGGCUGAGCGUGGGUGGCGAGGGCAGUGCCUUCGAGCAACAAGCGGCUGGAGCUGUCCUGGAUCUCAUGGGUGACGAAAACCACAACCUCAACAAGAGCAAGCAGCUGCUGAAGUGGGACCGCAAGAAGAAGCGCUUUGUGGGGCAGACAGGCCAGGAGGACAAGAAGAAGGUGCGGACGGAGAGCGGGCGCUACAUCAGCAGCUCCUACAAGAACAACCUCUAUGAAAAAUGGAAGCAGAAAUACAAGGUUGAUGAGCGGGACGAGGAUGAGGAAGGUGAACGAAGCAGAGAGCGGUUCAGAGGGAAUCACAGGCGUGGGCACGGGCCUGCGCAGCCCCCGGCCCGGGGAAAGGUGCGCUCGGAGCUGAAGAACAAGCAGCAGAUCCUGAAGCAGCGCAAGAAGGCAGCCAAGCAGCGCUUCCUGCAGAGCGGGGGGCUGAAACGCCUGAAGGCCAAGAACCGGCAGCGGGUGCAGGAGCUGCGGCAGAUGGCCUUCGGGCGCCGGGUGGGAGCUGUCAAGAAGGGCAAGCUCCGGAAGAGGGUGUAGCAGAAGGGGCCGUACCCCAGCGGCUUCUGCCACACCUGGGAGCUGGGAAGGGGACAUUAAAUACUCAGCUGGUUUUACAUGCUGACUC